CUUAAUAUAAACAUUUAGCAGGUUCUUGUUGUUUUAACCUUUUACAGCACUGCAUAUGUAGAUCAGUAAUAUUUUGUACAUUAAGUGUUUUUCUAACAGUGAUAAUACUGCAGUAUCCUGGGCUUACUGAACUACAUUUGCAUGCUUUUUAUGGAAAGCCUUUAUGUAUUUUGAACUUUUUUUUUCCACCACAAAAACAUGUACAAGAACCAGCAUUCACAGGAAGUGCAGACACAUUUCAAUACUGCUGUCUCCUGUCAAGUGUGCAUCACUUACCCUCAUGGAACUAAUAAUAGAUGUGCCUGAGCUUGGAGAGGCCACAACUGUCAAUUACUCCGACUACGGCACAGAGUACGAGUGCAGCCAUGAGACCCAAGGAACGACCUUUAACACCGUGUUCCAGGUGGUAUUCUACAGCUUCCUGUUUCUGCUGGGUAUGGCAGGAAAUGGCCUGAUGAUGAUGGUGCUGCUGCGCCGUCGGCACGCCUUACGCAUCACUGAGAUCUACCUACUUCAUCUGGCCAUGACUGAUCUCAUGCUCCUUUUGACGUUUCCCUUUGACCUGGUUGAGAUUACCAGAGGAUGGCUGUUUGGAGAGUUUCUCUGCAAGCUGGUGGGUCUGCUGCAAACCCUGAACCUCCUGUGUGGAAGUUUCCUUCUAGCUUGCAUAGGGUUUGAUCGCUAUCUGGCAAUUGUUUAUGCUAUUCCUAGUAUGCAAAGACGUUGCCCGAGAACCGUACACUUUGCAUGCAUUGUACUUUGGCUGAUCUGUUUCGGUUUAUCAAUCCCUAAUGUUGUGUUUCUCUCCGUGAAGACAGACACGCCAACAAAUUCAAGCAGGCUGACCUGCUAUUACCAUGAUUACGAUAUUCAUGCAAACAACUGGGUUUUGGCCAACAGAAUCUUAAAUCCUGUGUAUUUUUUCUUACCCAUGUCUGUCAUGACCUACUGUUACGCAGCCAUUGUAGUCACUCUGCGCAAAAGCCAGAAAAGGCAGGAGAAGCAAGGUGCUAUUCGACUGGCUUUACUUGUCACUGUGGUCUUCUGCAUCUGUUGGCUGCCGUACAACGUCACCUUACUUCUAAAAACGGUUGCAGACUGGAAGCUGAUCUCCUAUGAGAGCUGCAGAGCAUUCAUCCAAAUACAAACAGCCCUAGAUGUGACAGAGAGCCUGGGUUUCUCACACUGCUGCCUAAACCCCUUUCUGUACGCCUUUGUUGGGGUGCGAUUUCGCAACGAGCUGAUAGAGUUACUCUGUAGACUGGGCUGCAGCCGCGCAUGUUUGCGCUUCUUCAGAGCCUACAGUCACACUCGUCCAUCAAGUUCUGAUUGUGCAACAUCCAACAGCACAAUGUGAGACAGCGAUUAACGGCAACCAUAGUUCACAUGCCAAUGUGA